CCGCCCGCCGUCGCGCAGCCGCGGCCGCAGAGCUCGGGAGGCGCCGGUCGGGGCUUGGGGCUGGGGCAACCGCCGCCGGAGGAGGCCGAGGCGGGAGCGCUACCGGCUGCUGUCGCCGAGGCGGGGCGAGAAAAUGGCUGUGCCACCUGCUUAUGCUGAUCUGGGCAAAUCUGCCAGAGAUGUUUUCAACAAGGGAUAUGGUUUCGGGUUAAUAAAACUUGAUUUGAAAACAAAAUCUGAAAAUGGACUGGAAUUCACAAGCUCAGGUUCAGCAAACACAGAAACAAGCAAAGUGAAUGGUAGUUUGGAAACAAAAUACAAAUGGGUGGAGUAUGGAUUGAUGUUCACAGAAAAGUGGAACACUGACAAUACUCUAGGCACUGAGAUUACACUUGAAGAUCAGCUUGCUCGUGGCCUGAAGUUGACCUUUGACUCCACCUUCUCUCCUAACACUGGGAAAAAGAGUGCUAAGGUUAAGACAGGGUACAAAAGGGAACACAUCAACAUCGGCUGUGACAUGGAUUUUGAUAUUGCUGGUCCCUCGAUACGUGGAGCCCUGGUGCUUGGCUAUGAGGGGUGGCUGGCAGGUUAUCAGAUGACCUUCGAGAGUGCAAAGUCUAGAGUAACCCAGAGCAACUUUGCUGUUGGCUACAAGACCAAUGAAUUCCAGCUUCAUACCAAUGUGAAUGAUGGCACAGAGUUCGGUGGCUCCAUUUACCAGAAGGUGAACGAUAAGCUGGAAACCGCCGUGCAGCUUGCCUGGACAGCUGGGAACAGCAACACACGCUUUGGAAUAGCAGCCAAGUACCAGAUUGACCCAGAUGCCUCAUUUUGUGCUAAAGUGAACAACUCCAGUCUGAUUGGAUUAGGAUACACUCAGAUUUUAAAGCCAGGUAUCAAAAUGACACUGUCAGCUUUGUUGGAUGGCAAGAAUGUCAAUGCAGGUGGUCACAAGCUUGGUCUAGGAUUGGAAUUUGAAGCAUAAAGAGUGGUUUUGUGAUGGCUACUUUGAAAAUACAGCAUAGCUACCUUCAGAAUAUAGUGUACCUUUCAAUGUUUCGUCUGGAUGCAGGUUUUGCUCAGUAUCAGUUCUAGUAGUCCUGGUUAAAGAGAGUUAAGCUUUUACAACGAUGUUGUUAAAGAAAUGGAGACGCAAGCAUAAAAACAAUUCCUAAUUCCAGGCUGUUUUGUUGUUGUUGAUUCUUUUUUUAAUGUUACUGCCCAUCACACCUGUCAGCUGCCACAGGAUAGGGAGUAGGAAGGUAUUGAUUGCCAAUAUAUUGACGACACAUGGAAUAUGUUAAUGUGACAUAAAAAUUAAGAUGUGAAGAAUCAGAAACCACUAUUUGUACUGUUAAUUCUGUAAGCAAAAUGUUCUGACACUUGAGGUUUCAGUUCAUGGUGGAACGUGCAAACUUCUCUGAAAAAGGGAUUUUAAAAAAAAAAUUAUUUUUUUAGAUAGGCAUUUCAUGGUAAGUGGUUUGCCUUGUUUUGGUUGUCUUCCACCAAAAGCUGUCUCCAGAAUGCUUUGGGUUGUCUGCUCUGUCUAAGUCCACUGCGGAGGAGGUUUGACGUGACUCAGCCAAUACUGUGUCCUGUGUUGUGGUUCCUUUCCCUUGCACUGACUGGGAAGCUUGUAAGACAGGGCCAUAAUCAGGGAAGUGUUUGUAACUGCAAACCUGUAAUUGCACCACUGAACUUAAAAUGGACUUUUGUUUUAUUACCACUUUUUUGUGACAACUAAGUGGGUGCAUUUUUAGAAGGUCUUCCAUUUUGUGUGGAACUAGACCCCAAAAUGCUGCACUUGAUACUACUGAAAAUGGAUAAAAAAACCCAAGCCCGAGUUGAAUAAAAUACUGAAAUGUC